GCGUUUUAACGCGUUUCGAACUCAUUGCGAUUUUCAAACCUAUCGUAAAUUGGAAUUGCGUUUUGCUUGUUUUGAGUGACGGAACGGCUUUGAUGAGUGUUUCCCAUCAACUUGAUUUAAAUAUGAACACUAGUGAAUUACUAAAGAGCUUACCUUCCUUCAAUGAGAGGAACUUUACUAGAUUCCACUGUGAUGCAGGUAAAACAUCGAGUAAGAAACCAACUGUGUACCUUCCAACCAAAGAUUACCCCUCUGAGCAAGUAAUAACAACGGAAAAGACAAAUAUUUUGCUUCGAUACCUGCAUCAGCAAUGGGAUAAAAAGAAUAUUCAAAAGAAGCGUGAUACAAGUAACGCUAACCUAGAAACAGAUUCAUCACCAGCAAGAAAAGUACCUCGAGUGGAAUCAAACCAGGACACCAGUAAUAGAUAGUGCACUUUAUAUACUGUAUUAGAACCAUUGUUAAGGUACCAGUGUAUUUAAGUCUUUUGGCUUUCCUCAAUUUAACACCCAUGGAAGAAAGCAUAAUUUGCAUAAUAUUGGUGCUUGUGAGCCAGAGAGGAUAAGUCAUUUAUUUAUCAAUAUCAAGAACACUAACAGAAUAAAUAUAUAAAUUACAUAGUGGUCCGAUUCCUAGCUCUUUUUUUUUUUUGUUCUUGAAAAUUUUAGUAAUGUUUAAAAGAUUUUUGUUUGAAGUUUAAAUAUUCCAAGUUAUAUAUUUGUGUUUAUUAUUGAUGGUGACUGAUUUAUUUCACAAUGCGUUCAAUCUUUCAAAUUCUAUUUGCAAAAUAUAAGUAGUUUAAUACUAAUUACCUCAAAAUAAAGAUCAACAAAAACUAGAAUAUAAUAUAUAAUAAAAUGUAUGAAAAUUGAGCAUUAAAACUAAUAAUCCUUGGACAAUGCCUCAAUUAUUAAAUUAUUGUAUGAGCUACUAUUACAUCAAGAUUCCAGUCCAGAGAAAAAAUCGUGAAAAAUGGGUUCAGUGGUAAAGAAUAGGACCGUUCACAUAAAAUUUGUACGAUUUCUAAUCCGGACUCCAGAUCUGGACCGAUGGAUCUGAGAGCCAUUUGUAUCCUGAAAUCGUAUGGUUUACUUCUUGGACCAAUCAGCAACAAGCUUGGUUGGUUCGAACCGAUCGAACGCAUACAUAUUUAACGUGAACAAACGUGUUCCGUGCGCGAUGUGAACGCAGCAUUAAAAAAACGUAGCAACUCACGAUUUUUUGUCCGGGCUUGAUAUGAACGUAGCUUAAAUCACUGAUACAAUGUGAAUUCCUGAGUUAAACAUAUAAAAGCCCUGAAAAACAAUAAACACUAAUUUGUAAAGCAUUCCUCUUUAUCAUUUGAAUAGUAAUCAAAUUCAUUUCAUCUUUAAAUAUGAAAUGAGAAACCAGUUUACAGUGAAAUGUUAUUUUGGCUUGAAGUUCCUGUCACUAUAAAUAAAUAAAUAAGACUCUAAUUAAAUAUUAAACACAAAAGAUUUUCUAAUAUUCCCAAACAUUGUGAAAGUUGUGGUUUGUUUAUAAGCCAGAGGAUAAUGCUUACACAACAUUGCAGCAAAAUUAGCAAUGUUAUUUAGUUAGAAUGUAUAAAAUCUAUAAUUACACAUCUAUGGUUCUACAAUUUACAUGUAGGUUAUUUAUUUAAAUAAUAGAGCCUAAUAAAGUAGAUUUUUCUCAUUAAUAAUACUUUGGUAUCUAUAUUUACUUCAAACAAAGAAGGGAGAAAAUUAAAGGUUUUCUUUACAGUUGCUCUACAUAAUGUUGGAUUUGGGUAGUGUCCUGCAGUGGCUUCACUCACAGAAAGGUGAACCUAUUUUUCUUCAGGAUUUGUGAGACAAUCAAAAUAUGGUAGUUUGUGCCGUGCUGUAUUUAUACUGUAGCUGUGAAUGCCAUGUGUUGAGCUUUAUCCACGCUAUCAUAUCAAAUGCAUACAAGAUUAAGUCCUAUUUAUUGUCAUAUUCAAAGAAAAUCAAACUUGUUUUCAAGGUUCAAAAAUUUGCCAAAUAAAUAAAUAAAAAUGUUAUAGAUUUGCCCAUACUGUAUGUGGGUCUAGUGUGGCAUCACAAUGUCUGUAUGGGUAAAUAAAAGAUAUUUCUUCUAAAAAAUUUGGAUAAUGUUAACAUACAGUAGCAUAGUCAUGCAGCAUGAAAUUAAAAUGAUAGAUUGGAUAUGACCUUGGAUGGUCUUAAAUGUUCUGUCCUACCUUCUCUUAAAGUGCUAACUUUGUUUACUAUGUCCUUAUACAUCAAGAAAAUGUUAUGCUAAUGAUGAUGAAUAUAAAAUAAUGAUUUUGGGAAACUAAUUCAUGAGAAUAAUAUGAUACCCAUUUUUUCUUGUAUAAGAAGCUAAAAUUAGGUAUAAAUAAUCAAUGAUAGGUGUGUGUUUGUGGAAAAGUGAUUUCUAUUUUAGAGCAUGUUGGUAAUUUGUGUUUGUACAAUACAAAUCUGACAAUUUGAUUUAUUAACCUUUACUUUCAUUUUAACUACAAUAUGUGGAAUUGUGGGCAAUUGUCACUAAUUUUGUUUUAUUUAAUGAUGUAUCGCAUGCUAUAUAAAUAUAUUACAUCAUUAGUAUGUUAUGUGUUGAUGUAUUGCAUACUACACUUUUUUUUUUUUUAUAAGAACCAGUAAAAUUUUGCCCAGGCUCAGUGUUCUUAUUUUUUGGCUGAUUUCAGGCUCAAAAUGUUCUUAAUUUGUUCUUAUUUUACACUUUUCAAACAUAGAAAAUUAUUAUUGU